AUGUCUGCCAACGAUGAAGACCUUAUCAAACUCUCCUGCGAUUUGAAAGACCAGCCGCUUUCAGGCAAAUCAAUUCACGAUAUUAUUGAAUCAUAUGGCCAAGACUCCAAAUUGCUUGAAAAAAUGAAUAGUCCCAAUGCAGCAGAUGAUUUUCAUCUAAAAUAUAUCUCAGAUCAUGAAGACUACAUGGAUGUUCAGGGCUUCAAAAUUCGGUUAUGUCACAAUAUGCAAAAUAUUGUACAUGACUCGGUAUAUCUAAUGCUGCCUGGUUUGGGAGGGAAUAUGGAUCAAUAUAUUCAACUGCUUAGACUAAUCGAUAAAUGUAAUCAGUCAUUUGUAUCAAUAGACCCUCCAGAUUUCACCAGCGAUAAAGCUCUUUCAAAUUAUUCAAUGUAUAACAUUGCAAAACUUUAUGAAGAAACUUUAAGUAGGCUUGUGGGGACAAGUAAGUUCAAAUUGAAUAUUGUAGGCCACUCAUUAGGAACUUAUAUUUCAAUACAUUUCUACCAUUUAUUCAACUACAAGUACAACGUUGAAAAACUAAUAUUACUGACACCUCCGAUGUCUGACAGAGAUCUCCCAAUCUAUACAAGAGUAAUAAGAUCCACUGCACUAUACGCAAUUUUCACAUGGCCAUGGACUUUUGAUUAUUUAAGAGACUGGUUAAAAUUACCAAAUGGUGAAGUCGAACCAUGCUUUUAUAAUAAAAAUGAUGAUGAAAAUGAAACUCUUCACUAUAUUAAAUUAUUCCAAUUUUAUCUUAACUUACAGUCAAAACUUCAAAAUACCGUUGGCUAUAUACUGGGAUGGGAAUCUGUUGACUGGAAUGCCAUAUCAGACAUUCUAAAUCAGGAAGGGAAUAAUACAACGGUCUUUGUUAUACGCGCUGAGAACGAUAUUGUAGCUCAUCCUGAAAUGUCUGACAAUAUGUUCAAGAAAUUCAUGGUCCCAGACGACAGAAAAAAAGUUGAUAAGUAUCAACCACUGCUCUCAUAUAUUGUAUCUAGAUCAACCAGAGCAAGUUUGCCGCUUGUUCCUUGA